AUGCUUUCAAAAGGAAACGGUAAUGCAAAAACACUCGCAGAAGAUACCAUUUUUGUGCAAUUCCUCAAACAAUUUUUCAGGUUAAUUGGCAAAAAUAUUGCAGCUAGGCCGUAUCUUUUCAUUUCCAUCUCUUUAUUUGUUACCGUCUUGAGCUCUUCAUCGAUUUUUUUAACCGAAAUGUCCAAUGAAGUAACUGAUUUUACACCAAAAGAUGCAAGAGCCCUCAAAGAAUUAAAAAUUUACAAUGAUUUUUUUGGUCAUGAAGGCGAUCCAAUUGUAAUUUUUGUGUUCGUAACUGCGAAGGAUGACGGUUCAAUGUUAGGCUUACCGCAACUCAAUGAAACUGUUCAGUUACUUGAUUCAAUAGCCAAUGAUGUAAAAAUAAGGGAUGAACAAACGAAUAAAACAUUGAUUUUUUCACAGUUUUGCACUCAUUUUUGUGAAGUGAAUGAACCGAUUCGAAAUGUUUAUAAUAGUUUGAUGUUAAAUGAGCAAUACAACGGAACAUCAUCGCAGAUCAAUCUUGCUUAUCCAAUAAGCACCAUUCUCGGUCAAAAAUUUCGCAUUGAUGAUAAUUUCUUUGGUGUACAAGUGGGAAAACAAAACGGUUUAUUGGAUGUUCGUCUGGUAUUAUUACAAUUUCGAGCUAUACUUCAAGUCAGCACCGGUAGGAAAAAUGCUGAACGAUACGAAAUGGCAGUUACCAAUUUCUUAAAAAAAAAUUUUACAUCGAAUGUAAUUAAUGCUGUUACAUUGUCAUCACCAUUUGUAACAGCUGAAAUAGUGCAUGCGGGCCUUAGUUUAUUACCAUUUACUGUAAUUGGAUUCAUUAACACAUGCAUAUUUUCCACCACAACAACAAUUCUCAGUUCUCUAUUGGUUUCACAAUUUCAUUAUUGCAAGAUUGUAAUAGCAAUAGUAGCUUGUGUAUCGCCACUUCUAGCUUGCGGUACAGCACUUGGUAUUUUACUAUGGUGCGGUUUACGAUUUGGUUCCAUCUUAUGUGUUACACCUCUACUAGUAUUAGCUAUUGGUGUUGACGAUGCGUUUUUGAUGAUAAAUUAUUGGCAACAGACUUAUCAGCAGAAAAUAAUGACGAAAGAACUAUUUAAUGAUAACGAAAUGAAAAGACUAAGUAAAAGAAUGUGUAAUAUGCUGCAAGAAAUAGGUCCUUCGAUUGCAAUAACAACAUUAACAAAUGUGCUAGCAUUUUGUGCUGGAAUGUUUUCAUCAGUACCUGAAAUUCAAAUUUUUUGCAUUGGAAAUGCUGUAGCAAUGAUGGUUGAUUUUAUCUAUCAGAUAACAAUAUUUGCUGCAAUGAUGGCAGUGAUAGGACGUCGUGAACUACGGAUCGGAAAGUCUAUGCACGCUGUGGAACAUAAGAAACGUAAAAGUUUAGAUAACCUGAAUUGUUUGCUCAAAAAUUUACUGAACAAAUAUUGCUCUGUUUUGUGUAGCACAUUAUUCUCAGUGCUUACCGUUGCUGGUCUGCUAUUUUACUGGUCAGUAUCAAUAUACGGAGCUUUUAAUAUCAGCGUUGAAUUGAAACCUGAGAAAUUGAUUAAGCAAGAUUCAGAUCUUGUGAAGGCAUUAGAAUUACGAGAAGAAUAUAUUAUGCCAUGUUGUACUCCAGCAUUUGUCUUCGUUGGUAAGCCAGGGAAUCUGAAUAAUACUAAUAGCAUUCUCAAACUGCAUAAAAUCGUUCGUGAUUUUGAAGCAUUACCAAGUUCGGUAGGACAAGCAGCAACAAAAUUUUGGCUAAGAGAUUAUGCAGAUUACAUUGAUAAUGCAAAUUUCGUUGAUACAGAGAUAGUUUCAUUUGAUGGUUUGGUUAAUAACAAUCGGAAUUUAACAUCGGUUGGCAUCAAACAGUAUGACCUGCGGGACUUCCUUGCAUGGCCAGAAUUUCAUCAUUGGAACGGAUUUAUGCAAUUCGAUUUUGAUAAACAUGGUAUAGAAUAUUUGAAAAGUUAUUUCUUCGUUAUAUCAUCACAUUCUGAUCUCGGGAAAUGGUCUAGUCGUGCAAAAUUGCUGAAUCAGUUGCGAAAAGUUGCCGAUCGGUAUUCAAUGCAUGAAGUAAGUAUUUUCGAUGAUGAUGCAAAGUUUUUGGAUAUAAUCGGAACACUGCUCAAUCAAACAGUUCAGUCGUCUGUCGUUACAAUGAUCUUUAUGAUGUUUGUUUGCUUCCUUUUUAUACCACAGUUCGCUGCAAUUAUCAUCGCUACUUUCUCCGUGUUAAGUAUUUUUAUUGGUAUAAUUGGUUUUUUAUCAUUAUGGAAUGUUGAUUUGGAUCCAAUUGUUAUGUCAGCUUUGGUAAUGUCCAUCGGUUUCAGUGUGGACAUUCCAGCUCAUGUCACCUAUCACUUCUUUCGAGCUGAUGAAGACACAUCCGAAGCUUCUCUUAAGCAUUGCCUUAGUGCAAUCGGAUUUCCAGUGUUUCAAGCUGCAAUCUCAACAUUACUUUGCGUGCUCAGUCUUCAGUUCAGCGAUCUUCAUAUGGCUCAUGUUUUCAUGAAAACGAUGAUAUUGGUCGUAGUAAUUGGUUUCAUUCAUGGUUUGGUAAUAAUACCGGUAUUGUACAGUAUUAUAUCCCGUAUUCGAUUACCAGAAAGAAAGGGAGUAUUCGAUGUCAGUACUGCAACAUCAUCAAAAGUUGUCACAAUAUCAAAAGAUACAACUCUUUCGUUUAUAAUUGAUCCAAAAUUGAAAAUUUCCGUUCGAUAA